AUGGAUAGCUUAUUCAUCCCCCAUAAGAGAAAGAAGGUGGACGAUGAUGACGACGACGAGUACAUAGACGUCGAGCACGACAAGAAAAUCAAGAUUGAGGACGGCAAGGAGAUCAAGAUUGAGGACGACGACGACGAGAAGGACGGCUCCGAGGUAGCAGACGGCGACGAUGAGUUGAUGGAGGGCGAUGGCGACGAUGGGCUGCCUUACGAUGGGAGCAUGGAGCAGUUUCCGAAACAUGCAGCGUUCGACCCCGAGCUCGCAGACAUCAAGAACGCGCUCACAUCCACGGUGAAGGAAGUUCUCGCCAUCUUUCGAAGCGCUGGCCAAUGCGACAGCGAUCGCAUGGAGUCUUUCAAGCGCCGAGCAGCAGCGCUGGAGAGCAUUCCCAAGCCGCCGCCGCUGAAGAUUGCGUUUCUCGGCGGUGCUGGCGAAGGCAAGAGCUCACUGCUCAACGCGCUAGUCGACAUUCCUGGUCUGGCGAGAUCGGGAGCGACAGGAAAUACGUGCACCUGCGUCGCAACCGAAUACGGUGCAGCAUUCCCGCACCAGAAGAAGAAGUAUGCCGCGAAAGUGCAGUACUACGAUCUCGAUGCGGUCCGGGAGCUUCUUUCUGAGCACGUCAUCUCCUACUUCGGCUACUGGUAUGAGUUUGAUUCCAGCUGGACGGAUGACGAGCGCUUCGAGAUGCAGCUAAAAGCUGUCACGGCUGUGAAGACAUUCGUUGCGCUCUUCUGCCGUGAGAGCAGCUUCAAGAGUGAGGAAGCCGCAGAAAAGUUUCUCGAUGCCCACAAAGCAUCUCCCGAUGAUUUGAUCAUCCGAAUGUACGGCUGGGCUCAAGAAUUGCUCACGGCAAAGCCUGAGGAAGGAGAGCCAAGCAUGGACUAUUGUGAAGCAGCGGACGACAAGGAGUACCACCGGACGAUCGGGCCUCUGUUGUCGCCAGUGGCGCAGGACAAGACCCCGGCUUUGUGGCCACUCGUCAAGCAGGUCACUAUCGGCGUCAAGGAAAGCAGGGUCUUAAAAUUUCUAACAAUUGCGGACCUCCCCGGAAUCACGGACACCAACCAAGUCAAAGUCAACGCGACACACGAUCACCUGCGUACCUGUGACGGCCUCUGGCUCGUGGCCAAGAUAACCCGUGCGAUCGAGGACACAACAGUCAGUGCCAUGUACGCAAGGUAUGAAGAGCGCUUCCGCGGCAGGAUCGGCAUCAUCUGCACCCAGACCGACGCCAACGCAGACAGAGAUCUGGUCAGAGGCUUGGAAGAAGCCAAGGUCGACAUGAAGGCUUACAACAAGCUCCGACAACAAGUCAAAUCCACCGGUGGCGAGAUCUCUCAGCUCAAAGGCAAGAUUCGAAGCCGCAUGUCUGCUCAAGCGUCCAAAGAACGCACUCGGAAGGUGAAGCCGUUGAAAGCAGAGUUGAGCAGACUUGAACUCAAGAGAAACACGCUACAGCAGAGUUCCUUCGCUACGUUGGUUUCUGCCCGCAGCGAGCAUGUCAUUGGAGGUCUCAAGCGAGAGCUCGCCGGACGCCUCGAACACAAGCCGGAACUCUUGGUCUUCUGCGUUUCCAACAAGCAUUAUGCGAACUUGAAGGAAGGAGAAGGCGGUGUCGACCAGCUAAAGCCAAACGAAACAGGAAUACCAGGUCUCCGCAGCUACGUGCUGUCGCUUGCUGCACCUGGGGAGCUGCAGGCGCUCGAAGACUACGCCAAGCAUCAUCUGACCGUGUUUCUAAAGUCAAUCGAACUCUGGGUCAUCAGCCGCCACGUCGAAGGAAAGGACGAGCUUCUGGAGAUAGUCGGAGAGCCCCACGCAACGGUCAAUGCAAAGAUCAAGAUCUAUCUGGACGAUUUUCAAGAUCUUGUCCAAGGCCAGAUCCACAAUCAGGGUGCGCGCCUGGCAUCCAAGCAUGCGGAACAAGCAGUGGCGAUUUUCGAGAAGAAGCGCCGUGAGAAGCAUGGCGCCACCAUCAAAGCGUUCAUGAGGAAGUCCGGCAAGUACAAAACCUCGAGUUGUCCCCAGGAGAGCUGGAACGAGCAAUUCCUCGACACCGCCACCAGGUCGAUGAAGCCCCGCUGGAACAAAAUCAACAAAUGGCAGGCAGAGAGCACGCAGAAGAUGCAGAAAGAGCUGAUCGAGCAAGUCUGGGACAUGCUGGACGCCCUACAGGAGCGAAAGCCUACCAAGGUUCUUGACAUGGACAACUUCGCUCAAAUGCUCAAAGGAGAAGAGACCGGUAUUGCCAAUGCUUUCCGUGAUCACAACAUCAAAUAUGCUCAUGAGAUGAGGUUUGUAUCUUCGCUGAACGUGGAGAACGCCACUAACAACAACGACAGCAACCUCAAGCUCGACUGCACUCAAGACCGUCACACCGGCUUCUUCUACCAAGCUAUGGAGCCAGCAUAUGCGGACUGCAGAGCUGAUAGCGGCACGUUACUGUCCCCUCGACCUGCUUCCUUACCAUGUCCAGGCCCCGGCACAACCGCACGAUGCAGCGACUUGCUAACGAAGCAUCUCAAUAAGAAGCCUCCAGAGUCACCAUUCGCGCAAGCCGCAAGCAUGGCAACUGCAUCCAUUAUCGACAACGCGCAAACCCAGGCAAAUGGGCUCCAAGACACUCUCGAUGCCAUCUUCGAGGACAUUUACAACCAUUUCGAUGGCAUGGUGGACUCAGAAGUAGCCAAUGCAGGCGAGCAGCCGAUGAAGAAGGUUCUCAAGGAGUAUGUCAACGAGGCCAAGCCGAAAUUCGAGAAGGCGUUGGCGGAUCUGGAGAGGGUGAAGGAGAAGUAUGUUGCUUGA